AUGCGUCACGGGGAGAACGGAACCCCGUUUCUCGGUUUACUAAUCGAUAUGAGGAGGAGGAUGGCUGAGAACAGGCGGCAGCUCAUCAAGCCCGAGCAUUGGGAGCGUUCUCGUGUCCAACUGCAUGUCGAUGAACUAUCCAUUGAAUGGCAUCUAUUCUCCGAACAUCUCAUCCAUCAUCCACUAUUUCAACGAAUUCGAGACCUGGACUGGCUGUCCUACGAAGGAGGUCCACCCUCCCCUGAACCGUCUCGUGCAUACACCGAUUUCUUCUACCUUCACUAUGUCUUUGAACUUGUUCUGGCGACGGUUCGAGGCGGUGGUGUACAGAUGGAUGCUUGUAUCACUACGACAGGCCUGAAAAUCGAUGCAGACAUGGAAUCCCUCACCAUCUUCUACAGCGCCUCCCCACUGGCCGAUCCGGUCUGUAUGGCUAGACUGGCCCAACCGUUCUUCGAACAUCUCAUCCGCACAUGUGCAAAAGCCCUACAGGCCCUUCAACUGGAUGAAACAGAGACAGCCUACGUUCACUACAUCAUCACUACCUCCUGGCUAACGUUCCAACAGAACGAUUCGGCCACAUGUCGGGGUAUCCUGUGUCAAGAGCUUCACCGUCACUAUUCAGCCCUGAAACUGGCUCACGGAGAUGCCCACGAACCGAACAACAACUCAACAAUGACGACAAGUUCCUUGAAACGA